AUGUCACCAGUCGACAUUUCCUUUAUGCAUUCUGAGCUCGUUGACAGGGAGGAAGUUGCUCGUGUAUGUGCAACUACCCUUCCUGUUCGUAAAAGCAAGUACAGUUAUCUGGCAGAGAAAGCAGUCUCCGAGUUCCAGCAGCGGUGGCAGGAGGAAGUCGCCUUCACAUAUUGUGGAGGAAGUUCUCCGCAGGGCCCCGUUACUGCCUUCUUUCCACCGGAAUGUAAACAAGAUCGUGUCGAGGUUUUCACAAAACUCAUCGAGUACUUUUUUGCUCAUGAUGAUGUGCUCGGGGCUUCCGGAUGUGCUGAGGUCGAUGAAAACGAAUCGACAGACGCAGUUGGAUGGGGCAUUCGCAAAGGCACGAUCAGCAGUGUCCGAACCAGCGCAAUGAAAUCAAUUCAGUCCGAAGUGCUUUUGCGUCUUGUGGAAAUCGACAGGAAACGCGGAAACCUCAUCCUUCGAGCUAUCAAGAACAUAUCCCAGGUUCACGAGACGAUAGGCUCUCGGGAUCUCAAGACUUGGGAUGAUCUAGUGCAGUAUCGUGUUCAGGAUUUCGGAGCAGAAUUGAAUCUGAUGUCGAUUAUCUAUUGCUGCGAGCUGGAUCUCACGCAAAGCGAUAUUGAUGCACUGGAAAAGGUUUGGUGGCCUGCAACUGCCGCGGCGGCGCUGGUCAACGAUCUGUAUAGCUUCAAUAAGGAGGUCAUCCUGGAGCUCGCUACGGAUAUAGAUACGACUAUCACGACGCCAAACUCAAUUUGGUACUUGAUGAGAACACUCAAUUUGACCGUGUCCCAGGCAAAAACAUUCCUGAGUGACAAGAUUGCGCAGCUGGAAAAAGACUUUAUAGCGAGAAAAUCCGAGCAUCUAGCCCAGAUGAAUUCAAUGUCUUCCGGAACAGACGAUGUCCGUUACUUCCUGGAGAUGGUUGGCCUAGGUUUAUCUGGAAAUUGGUACUGGCAUGCUUUAGCUGAUCGUUUCCAUCGAUGGGCUGAGUAUCUACAAUUUCCGCCCGCCAAGUUGUUCGAUUACGACGAAGCCACAGCAACCUGCGCUACAUUUUUGACCAGCCAAUCUCUGGGAGCCAGAACUAGUCGGAUUCGGAAAUCCACUGAGGACACGCCGACAAUGACGGAUGAACCAUACUAUAAGGUACUCCAUCAGCCGAUUGAUUAUCUUCGGAGUGUACCAUCGAAGAAUAUAAGAGGCACCAUCAUUCAAGCGUUGAAUCUAUGGCUCAACGCACCGGAAUCGGCAGCAGCGCAGGUAGAAGACUUGAUCGGACAUCUGCACGAGUCGUCGCUUCUGCUUGAUGACAUCCAGGAUAGCUCCGAGCUCAGACGCGGUCGGCCAACUGCCUAUCGCGUCUUUGGGGUACCACAAACCAUCAAUGCUGCAACCCAUGCACUUACUCUAGCGUUUGAGAAGUUUCUGACCGAGGUAGAUGAGCUGCGCAACCUUCAUGUUGGACAAGCGAUGGACCUCUACUGGACACGCUCUGGAUAUCGUCCUUCGAUUGCAGAGUACCUGGACAUGAACCGGCUGAAAACCGGCGCACUGUUUUGCCUCGCGAGCAAUCUAUUAUCUAACCAAGGGUCAUUUUCAGCUGGAGCUAUUAAGCAAACAAAUCUGAACGAUCUUAUGAUCGCUCUGGGCCAUUAUUUCCAAGCUCGAGACGACUAUAUCAACCUGGCGUCAACCAAGUAUCAAGAGCAAAAGGGGUUUGCGCAGGAUCUCGACGAAGGCAAAUUGUCGCUUCCGUUGAUCCACCUUCUGACACAGUCGCCGAACGCGGCCCUGAUCGAGAUUAUCCAGCAGGAACGAGUGAGACAUAACAAGCUGCCAGCUGACCUGAAGCAACUGAUCUUGGAUGAGAUGCGUGAUCAGAAGAUUCUGCAGCUCACCGAAGAGACACUGAAUGGUUUAGAGGCCAAGGUGUACCGGCACCUGGAAAGACUGGAAGUUUCCACUGGGAUCAAGAACUUUACGUUCCGGUUCUUGCUGGAUAGAUUGAGGGAGAUGUAA